AUGUCCGACUCUCCGCGAUAUCUGGAUUAUUCGAGGAGUGGUAGCCGUGACUCGGAAGACCGCGCAGGCUUUACCACACCAAUACGGCGAUUUACGGCUGAAGUGCUCGUACAAAUAUUCUUAUGGAGCGUUGUUGUCGACCCUGUGCAUCUGGCAGCUCCCCGUGACUCGCCCAGACCACUGCCGCGAGAUCUGUACGGGUGGCUGAACGUCACGCACGUUUGCCGACGCUGGAGGCGUCUGGCAAUUGAUACUCCUGCUCUCUGGACCGAUAUACACACGACUAUGGGCCAGAGCUGGGUGGACGCGUUUCUCACCAGGAGCAAGAACUUGACCGUAUCCUUCAGUAACUUCAUCAAUCCGUCCGUGGUGCAGGACCCCUAUCGCCUUAUGGCAGACCCAAUACUCGCAGAGCACAUACAGCGCAUGCACGCUAUCACACUACUUCAACCGAAGUACGGCAAACCGCACGACGAUCUCAUGCAAACUCUGCCAGCUCUCGAAUCAUUGACAAUAUUCUCUCAGUUCUUGAUGUUCAAUAACACAUCCUUCGCCGAUGACUUCCACGCUCCUCGACUACAACAUCUGGCCAUACUCUCACCCCAGAACUUCCCCUUACAUGCGUCUUUCGUAGCCCAUCUAUCGUCAUUAUGUCUUGCGAACCGAAGCACUCCUGGUCACAUCGAACCAGGCGCUUUCUAUGAGCCUUUGCGGCGCAUGUAUCGACUCGAGCGUCUCUGCCUGGAGGAUCUCUUAGCAGGGCUGAACAACGCGACAGACAUUGAGCCCGUAGAGCUGCCCCAUCUUCGCUUGCUGAGGUUACACGGCAAGUGUGACCAAGUCGUCGGUCUGCUCUCCAAGCUCAGCAUCGGGAGAGUCGAACUUGACAUCGCGUGCACCAACAUCGACCUCACUGCGGGAACGACUCAGACAUUGAUGGACAACAUGUCCAAGUUCUUACAAAAAUACAAUGCCACUUUCGCAGGCGAUCCUGGGCUCACGUUCAAAGCGCUCUCUGUGAUCCAAUGCGCUGAGAUCGACAAGCCUUGGGUUUCCAUUCAUGCCGAACGACAGGAUGUCGGGCCAGACUGGGAUCCGGCAUGGCGUGCGCCGUAUCGAGUCAAGCUGGACGGUCAGCAACUGCCACAGUGGCAGAUUGACCCGCGCUUUCAGGACUCUAUCAGCGCUCCAUUAUCGGGCUCCUUCAACUUCUCGCUGGUGUUCAAGAAGGCCGAACCGAAGGCGGUGCUCGAAGCAUUGGACCGUUUGCUGGGCCAGUUACCGCUCCUCGACGUACGCGUAUUACGUCUUGAAGGACAACACGCGUCCGCAUUCUUCAUUCCGUUGCCUCACGUACCCCGCGUUCGACACAUCCGUGCAUACCCUCCGACCGUUGCACAUUGCCUCGCUGCUUUGGCAUAUAGGGGUGAAGGCGACGUCCGCUUUGCGAUGGAGCUGGCGGAGCUCUCUUUACCCCAGAUCCCUCCCAUUGCGUGGGUUGGCGAUACGGAGACCUCAAAGGAUCCGCUGUACAAGCAGAUAUGCGAACUGCUGGAGACGCGGAUCACGGAGGGUAUGGAGCCCAUACGCACGAUAUUCCUCCAGCAUCCUGCGUUGCACUUUAGGUCUCUCUUCCGUGGUAGCGAUGGGGCAUGGUUCGGGUUGCCCGAGACGUUGAGGCGGGUGGUGAAGGAGGAGUCCACUUCCGACGACAUCGCAUGA